AUGAUCGCUGCAGCUCUGGCUGUGGAACUCUGUGUCACGAUUUUACAGCAUUCGCAGGGGUAUGUUUAUAGAAUUCGUGGAAGACCUUUUUAUACGGCCUUAAUGAUUAUUUUAUUUAAUAUAAUAAUAACUUUUCUAUAUUGA